CAGCUGCGCCACCUGGUUUGAUGUCUUUGUAUAUUUUUCUCCCGUGGCGUGGUUCAUCCAGGGUAUUUUACAUUCUUUUUAGUGUCGUCACAAAUCGAACUUAGAGGUUUACAUCUGAAAAUGUACUUUGAAAAUACAUUGUAAACAAACAAUGUUUUGAAAGUAUUGGGUACUUAGUCAAAUGUUUACUGUUUUGCAGUAACCUAGGGGAGCACGCCCUUUACGCAGCUACGGACAUCUGUAAAGUGUCAAACGUUAGGGCAAUAGAUUACUUAAUAUGGUUUUGCUUUAAGUACUUUGCCAGACCUGAGGAAAUUCUGACCGAGCGUGCAGCGCAUUUAGACAGGGCUGUCCUCAGCUUUCAUCCAGUAGUUUUCCUUGUUGAGUGUUCAGAUGUUACGUCAUAGGAAGGGUGGUGGUCAAGAAAUUCAGGAUCCUCAUCAUGUUCAGUUGGGCGAACAAGGAACAAGGAGGACGGAGCAAAGAAGGAGAUAUGUUUCAGACUGUGACAGAGGGUCUUCAAACCCUUUACACCAGAAAACUACUGCCCCUGGAAGAAACCUAUCUUUUCCAUGAUUUCCACUCGCCUGCACUUGAGGAAGCCGAUUUUCAGAGUAAACCCAUGGUAUUACUCGUGGGACAGUACUCAACCGGGAAGACAACAUUUAUAAGGUAUCUGCUGGAGCAGGACUUCCCGGGCAUGAGGAUCGGCCCAGAGCCCACCACAGAUGGCUUCAUCGCAGUCAUGUACGGGGAGAACGAGGGCGUGGUCCCUGGAAACGCCCUGGUCGUGGACCCCAAGAAGCCAUUCCGGAAGCUCAAUGCCUUCGGAAAUGCCUUCUUGAACAGGUUCAUCUGUUCCCAGAUGCCCAAUCAGGUGCUGCAGAGUAUCAGCAUCAUCGACACACCCGGAAUCCUGUCAGGAGAGAAGCAGCGUAUCAGCAGAGGCUACGAUUUCUCGGAGGUGCUGCGCUGGUUUGGCGAGCGCGUGGACCGUAUCAUCCUGCUCUUCGACGCACACAAGCUGGACAUCUCGGACGAGUUCUCGGAGGCCAUCAGGGCACUGCGCGGCCAGGACGACAAGAUCCGUGUGGUGCUCAACAAGGCCGACCAGGUGGACACUCAGCAGCUGAUGCGCGUGUACGGCGCCCUCAUGUGGUCCCUGGGCAAGGUGAUCAACACGCCCGAGGUGGUGCGCGUCUACCUGGGCUCCUUCUGGGCCAAGCCCCUGCAGAACACCGAGAACCGCCGGCUGUUCGAGGCCGAGGCGCAGGACCUGUUCCGGGACAUCCAGGGCCUGCCCAGGAACGCAGCGCUCAGGAAGCUCAACGACCUCAUCAAGAGGGCCCGUCUGGCCAAGGUGCAUGCCUACAUCAUCAGCCACCUGAAGAAGGAGAUGCCGUCUCUGUUCGGUAAGGAGAAGAAGAAGGAGGAGCUGAUUGCGCGGCUGCCUGAGAUCUACGUCAUGCUCCAGAGGGAGCACCACAUCUCCCCUGGAGACUUCCCCAACGUCAACAAGAUGCAGGAGCAGCUGCAGCACUACGACUUCAGCAAGUUCCCCUCGCUGAAGAUGAAGCUGAUCGAGUCGGUGGACAAGAUGCUGACCAACAAGAUCUCGGGCCUGAUGACGCUGAUCCGCGAGGAGGAGAAGAGCACGCCGGCGCAGAUGGUGACGGGCGGCGCCUUCCAGGGCUCGGAGGACAGCCCCUUCAGCCGCGGCUACGGCGAGGGCAUCAGCGCCGGCACAGACGCCGACGACUGGAUCGUCAACCGCGACAAGCCGCGCUACGACGAGAUCUUCUACACGCUCAUGCCCAUCAACGGCAAGGUGACGGGCGUCAACGCCAAGAAGGAGAUGAUGAACUCGCGCCUGCCCAACACCGUGCUGGGCAAGAUCUGGAAGCUGUCCGACUGCGAUUGCGACGGCAUGCUGGACGACGAGGAGUUUGCCUUGGCGCAGCACCUCAUCAAGGUCAAGCUGGAGGGCUACGAGCUGCCCAACGAGCUGCCCGUGCACCUGGUGCCACCCUCGCACCGCAAGAACCCCACGGCCGACACCCUCUUCAACCACCAGGAGGACUGAGGCAUGAUGGGAAAUGUAAAGUCCGUCCAUUCACUCUUACAGCCCCCCUUUAACAAGACUGUCUUCUUGGGGGUUUCCCCUGUAGAGGCCCCCCUAAGAAGCCUUUGUGACCAGUGGGACUGCUCACUUAGUUAUGUAGUUAUUAUUUUAUUUUUUUAUUUUAAUACCAUUCAAAAUACAGUUGAUUUUUGUAUACUAUUCUAUUUUUUUCACAUCUCUGUUGCUUCCUGAUUUUUUUUUGUAUGACGUGAACGGCAAAAGUUAUUAUAUUUUGAAGUUUCUGCCAUGACCGUUGAGUGAAUGUUGUUGUAUGUGAAAGUGAUGUUGUAUGGGUAAGUGAGAAUGAUUUAGGCAAGUGUAGUUCUGCACACAACUCCAGGUGGUGAUUGACCCAUUGGGCAUGCUACUCCUCUCACUCCCCCACUAAAAGCUCUAUCACAGCACUGGUCACAAAAUACUGUAUUUGAGGAGGAACAGAAACAAGAUAAAUCUUGCUGACACAUGCUAUACAGUAACUAAACGCCUGUGGUUAUGUAGGGUCAUAAGACGACCCUAGUUCCCUAAGGAGAGACAGACAUCACUGAGGCACACAUAGUUUGUGGUCCUUUGUAACGGGGUGAUGAGUGUAAAAUAUGUAGUGAUAAAGCAAAUGAUUUAGUAAUUGAUUUUUAAAUAUAUUAGUUUUAAUAAAUCUUCUAAUUGCAUUUCACUUUAAUGCUGAAGUUAUAUACAAGGGUUUUUUCAUCUUUAUUUAUCUGCAUUCCAGUAAAACAUCCCUAUGAAAUGGUCAUUAAAAAGUCUUUAAAGUUAA